GAAGUGUGGUUCAUGUUUCCCUCGUGUUAGUGACUCUCUCUGCUCCUGUAGCGCCACCAUCAGGUCCAUGUUUUAUUUCUAUUUUACCUUGACCAGGACUUUGUCUAAGGAGCCCCGCCAUCCUCCGUGUGUUUGGUGUUUGGUGUUUGUGUGUGAGCAGCUCUGAGUGUUAGUGUGAGACCUCAGACCUAUAGAGCAGAGCAUGCAGGGAUAUAUGACUCUCUCUCUGUGGGAGUGGUCUCCUGCAGGUCACGUGGUCCGGGCCUUUGUUGAUGUGAAUCAGUGGAAAGCACAGGAGGACAAAAAAAAAAGUCCAGGUCCGACCGACCGCAUCCGUCCGUCCUCCCCGGCGCUCACUCACUCCGCUUCGGCCUGAAUGCUGCUGGAAGCCGCUUCGGACUCUCACCUGGAUCUUUUUCUCCGCGGCGAUCCGCGGUUCUCCCCGCCGGUUAGAGUGCGAGGCAGCGGGGGCUGGGGGAUGGAGGCUCAGUCCGGGCUGUGAGCAGACUGGUUUUAGGGGGUGGCGGAGGUGUGGGGGGUCGGUGUGUGAAGCCCCAGGCCCUGCUUUGCUUUGUUAUCCUGGGCUCCGUGUUGCAGCCCUCCUCCCGGCUUUCUCGUCGCUUUUUUCAGCCUUUUCUCCUCCGCUCCACCAUGAAGCCUUUCUCCUGAGACACUGGAAGCAGUUUUUGGACAGGAGGGAAAACACAUGGAGAAAAUCUGGAUUUAAGAUUUGAUCCUUGUUGUUUUUCUGCGGCGUGUUUUUGUGCCGAGGAUCCUCCAGAGAAACAGAUUCAUUCUUUUUCUGUUUUUCUCUCUUUACCUUUGUCUUCUCUCUACUCAUUUGUCUCUUUGUACACCUCCCUCUUCACCUCCAUUUAUCUCUCUCUGUCCUUUCAUCUCUUACCCCUCGGUCUCUCCCUCUCCCCUCCAUCUGUCUCCCUCCUCCCGUCUUCCAUCAUGGCUCCAGAGUGCCGGUCCUCCUGCUUCUGCUGCCUGUUGGUUCUGCUGGUCCUCCCCGCCGUCCGGAGCUCGUUCCCCCGCAGCGGAGGCAGCAGCAGUGCGGACUGCGGCCCCGGGAAGGCCGCCGACUGCCCAGAUCUGUCAGAGAAGAAGAGCGACCUGCGUGUGUGUGACGCCGGGACGUGUCGCUUCGGAGGAACCUGCCGCGAGAACGGAGCCGACAUCAAGUGUGUCUGUCAGUUCCACUGCCAUAAGAAGUACGUCCCCGUGUGUGGGUCAAACGGAGACACGUACCAGAACGAGUGUUUCCUGAGGAGAGCCGCCUGCAAGAAGCAGAGAGCCAUCAGCAUCGUGUCGGAGGGACCCUGUUACCACGACGGAGGUUCAGGAUCUGGAGAUGGAGAUGAUGAGGGCUCCGGUCGCGGUAAGAAGGUCUCGAAAUGUGGAAACUGCAAGUUUGGAGCCGAGUGUGAUGAAGACUCUGAGGACAUGCUCUGCAUGUGUAACAUCGUGUGUAACGGCCACAACGACAACCCGGUGUGCGGCAGCGACGGCGUCACCUACGACACGCCCUGCCACGUCCGAGAGGCGUCGUGUCUCAAACAGCUCAAGAUCGACAUCAAACACGUGGGACGCUGCCAAGACAAAAGCAGGAAGGAUGAUGGCACCAAGACCAAACCAGACAUCUACGCUGUGUCCAAACCUGGCGAGGAGGAGGGGUUUGUGGACAGCCCCGCCCCCUGUCCUGACAGCUACGCCAAGUUCUGCGACCACGGCGAGUGUGAGAUGAGACACAACCUCGCCACCUGCAGGUGUGAGGCGGCGUACGGCGGUCCUCACUGUGAUCAGCUGCUGGACUUCAACAUCCUGUACGUGGUGCCCAGCGGUCAGAAGCUGCACUACGUCCUCAUCGCUGCCAUCAUUGGAGCCGUCCAGAUCGCCGUCAUCGUAGCCGUGGUCAUGUGCUUCACCAGGAGGUGCAACAAGACGAAGCGUGGUCGGAGACAGAAGCAGCACCUCGGCCACUUCCCGUCAGGAACGUCCUCCAGGAUGAUGUAGCUGCUGCUCAUGUUUCUGUGAAAUACAACAAGUCCAAUUUUUCGUACCACACAGACAGACUGCAUUUUUUAUAUCUUGACUUUUUGGUGCCUCUUUUUUUCCCCUUUUUUAAGAUAAUUUUUGACUUUUUUAAGGGGCCUUAUUUUAAAGAUUUUCCUCCAUGUUUGAUUUCGUUUUCUGUCUGCACUGUCUCUUCACUGUCUGCAGAUGACUCGUUGUUUUCCAUCAGAGCGGAGACGUACAGUUUGGGUUGUGUUUGCCGUGAUGCUGCUGCUGUUCCUCUCAGACUCUGAAACACUGUGGAUCCUCCGACAGGAAACAUUAUUUAUCUGAUUGUAUCUUCACUCUGGACCGUCCACAUACUAACUGGAGAGUAGUUUUUGUUUUCACCCUGUGGGACGCAGACUGUUAGUGUACAUUUAUUUUGUAUGUUAGACAUUUAAUCACUGCACAACACUUCAUGUUGACAUUUAAAUACCACUCAGUCCAUGUGCUUUCAGUGUGCUCUGAAAACUAAACCUGAGCUGAGACGUGCUCUGAUCAUGUGAUCGAUCCUUCGUAUACUGGAUGCUCACGUUUUAAUUUAACUGAUUCAAGCAGCUGCUUAUUUUCUUCUAUAUUGAAUUUAAUUCUGAGUUUGAUAUCAUGAUGAUCAUUUUUUCCGGCUCUUGUUGACACUGUCUGUUAAUGCUGUGGUGGUGUUUAAAUGUCAGGGUGAAGUAUGUAGUAGUGAGUCUAAACCAGAGAGGUAUUCAGUUACUUCUCAGAUUACUGGUAUAGAGUUUUGCUUCUAUGAUCAGGACCCACCUUCAGAAUACAGACCGGUCUGGUUAAUAGUUCUCUCGCCUUCAGCAUGUGAAAAGUUAAAGGUCAAAGGUCACUGUGCACCAAGACAUUUCUCAUGUCACUUUAGUUCUAACUUCUGCUUUUGUUUCCAUGCUGAUAAUUCCCAUGAGGCACUGCUGCUCAUGGUUAGCCUAAGUUUUUUUCUGAUUUUCUUUGGCGCCGACGCCUUAAUACUCCAGGGGCCGCUCUGUAUCGGGACUACAGGAUCAUCAGGGACCACUCCAGCCCUUUAGGGUGUUUUUGCUGCAGUAGACUUUUGUCUAAUGAGUUCUUUUCUAUUUUGCUGCAUCUCACAGGGUCAAAAUAACUUUUCAUGUAACUCAGAUUAACUUUAUUUUCAUUUUUUUGUAUUCGUUACGAUGAGACGCACCUGAAAACCAAAAUGCUGUUUUUUCUACUGCUUAAAAAUAAGGUACAAGCUGACAUGUACAGGUUGUUGUUAUGAUUAUUUUAUUGCUUCAUUUUCAGAUGACGAUAUUCCGGAAAUGGAUUCCAGUGUUUUUGUGUGUUACGACAAGCUAAUGAUAAUUUAAAUGACUUGUUUCUGUUUGUUUUGGUCGAGUUUCCUCUUUUUUAAUCUAAUUUGUAACGAUGGUACGAAGUGUCCGUGUUGGUGGUUUUACUGUGGUAGAAGGACUAGAUGAAUAAGCUGGGCCGAGGUUCCCUAAAGUACCGCUGCACUGAGAUCAGAUUUAUUCCACUUUUUGAAGAGAAACACAAACGUUUGUGAAGCUGUGGUCUCGGUCAUGUGAUGCCUGUGGGAAUCCAGUCUGAUUUUACUGUAGAUGUUGCGUACUGCAUGAAACAGUGAAGUUCUUGUUUAGACUGUGCUGUAGUGAACUAGAAUUAAAUUAUGAUGUUCCAACCCUC